CCAUGCACCAACUCCAUCUCAUCAACUCUUCUUUCAACUUAUACCAAUUUCUCAUUCAAAUCCCACCUCAAACUAUAUAUACGCACAAACCUACACAAACAAAACACCCUAUACAUGCAAAUCAAGCAAGAUCCUUCCAAUUCUAUCUAUCUCUUUCUCUUGACAUGGAAAACCACAGAACUCUCUGUAUCACAGCCAAAACUUCAAACCUUUUCUGGGUUUUCAUCCUCACCAUUGCCUUAACCACAUCAGCUCGAAUCCUUGAGGAAGAACCUUCAGAGCUACCGGUUCCCUCAGAAGCAUCAAAUCCAGUAACUACACCAGUAACUAAUCCUGGUGUGGCUGCGACUGAUCCUCACCAUACCCUAACCUUCUUCAUGCAUGAUAUCCUUGGAGGAUCAAACCCCUCAGCUAGAGCUGUAACCGGCAUUGUGAACAACCCGGCAGUUGCCGGUCAACUCCCUUUUGUCAAGCCCAAUGGUGCAAACCUUCCCAUCAAUAAUGGAGUACAACAAAAUGCCAAUAACAAUGGCCUUAUAAACAACAACAACAUUCCUUUCCUUACAGGCCUUGGUGGCACCACACAAGCCGUGUUACAAAACAGUGGCAACAACUUCAACAAUGUAUUCAACUUUCCGGCUGCCACCGGAGGCCAAUUACCAUCAGGCUCCGCUCUCCAACAGCUCAUGUAUGGCACCAUAACCGUGAUCAACGAUGAAUUAACCGAAGGGCAUGAGUUAGGGUCUGGUUUUUUGGGCAAGGCACAAGGUUUUUAUGUGGUUAGUUCUGUUGAUGGUACAAGCCAAACCAUGGCUUUUACAACGAUGUUUCAAUCUGGUCAUUAUGUUGAUAGCCUUAGCUUCUUCGGCGUUCAUCGUACCGGUGUGUCUGAGUCUCAGCUAGCUAUCAUGGGAGGAACUGGAAAAUAUGUGAAUGCAAAAGGGUUUGCCAUAGUCAAGACUAUUCCAGCUUCAUCAACAACUCAGCAUGACACUGACGGUGUGGAGACUGUCUUGGAGUUCUCUGUUUAUGUUAGCUAUUAAAUGUGUUUUGUGAAUUUCUGUGUUCAAUGUCAUGAUUGCUGCUUUAAGGGAAUGAAAUUUGUGAUA